CACAGGUGAUUAUUUCUUAACAUUUCUGAAAAUUUAAAGAAUAUUAUAUUAAACUAUGACCCACAGAAGUCACAAACAUUGCAUUUGUGUGUCAAGAAAUGGUUAAUAAUUUUGGAAAUAAAAAUCUUCACAAAAAAUAUUUUUAUUUUUGAGGUUAUGUACCAUGUUUGAUUUUAAAAUUAAUUCAAACCGAGACAAACCAGAGUGUUAUUUUCAUGAUGAAGCACCACCAAUCAUCAGAAGACACUUUCAAUUGCGAAUAUUCCAACAUCGAAGCUUAUUGCUGCAAAACGUGCGAUUUUCAGACCGAACUAAAACUUUUUUUUAAACAACAUGUAAAACAAAACCACGACGUGCCAAAAGAAGAUUCACCAAUUGGAGAAUAUUUGAUCCAAAGCUACGUUUGCAGAAAGUGUGACUUUGAAACUCACUUUACCCUUAAGUGGCUUCAACACACCAUUGUAUGUACAGGAGAUGAAAAUUCUCAAAGUGGAAAUAUUGUGAGGUGGUAUAGUUGUGAUCAGUGUGAGCUCAAGUACAAGAACAAAUAUUCCUUAAAGGAACACAUCAUUGCAAAGCAUUUGAAUGAAGACCAAAUAUCUUGGUUUCACUGUUCUCAAUGUUCAUUCAAAGCUAAACUAAAGUGUGGUUUGAGAUAUCACAUGAACUCGUCGCAUUUGGAUAAAGAUAACCUUAAAUGGUAUAAAUGCAAAAAGUGUCCAUACAGAUCUAGACAAAGCUGUAACUUGAAAAGACACAUAAACACACGACAUUCAUUUGGACAAGAAAUUAUAUGGCGUAAAUGCAGGCGGUGCCCAUUUCAAACAAAAGAUUAUUCUACUUUACGGUGUCAUCAAAGUACACAUGCUCAAGAUAAACGGAAUUUUCAAUGGUACCAGUGUAAAGAAUGUCCAUACAAAGCUAAAUGUUCCAAAUAUUUAAACAAACACAUAAAAGCGCGUCAUUUGGAUGAAAAGGACAUUAAAUGGUAUGAAUGCAAACAGUGUCCAUACAAAGCUAAACAAGAAGCGAAUUUGAGAGGGCACGUCACCGCUCACCAUUUGUGCGAACAGGACAUAAAAUGGUUCAAAUGUGACAGCUGCCCCUUCAAAGCCAAAUUUAAAUCAUCUUUAAAAAGACACAUAAAUGCCCAUCAUUUGGCAGAACAAGACAUCAAGUGGCAUAAAUGCCACAAAUGUCCAUACAAAGCUAAAGAAAAAUUUUCGUUGAAAGAACACAUCAAUGCGCUACAUUUAGAUGAGCAAGAUAUUAAAUGGUACAACUGCGAAAUGUGUUCAUUCAGAGCCAAACAAAAGUCGCGUUUGAGAAAUCACUUCGCUGCACAUCACCUAGAUGAAAAAGAUAUUAAAUGGUACGAAUGCAAAACGUGCCCUUAUAAAAGCAAACAUAAAACGUGUCUAGACAGACACGUCAAUGCCCUUCAUUCCGACGAACAGAAUAUUCACUGGUUUCAGUGCCAAAAUUGCCCGUUUAAAGCUAAACACAAAUCGUCGUUGAGUAGACACGUCAGUGCACUCCAUUUAGACGCAAGUGAUAUUAAAUAUUUUGAGUGUACAAAGUGUGCGUACAAAUUUAAGCAUAGAGCGUCUUUGAAAAGACACGUAAAAAUUCUCCAUUUGGACGAAAAUGAUAUUAAAUACAGUAAAGCUGAAAUGGAUGUGUCCCCAAGUAAAAUUUAGUUAUUGGAUGCGUCAAACCGUAGUUACACUAACGAAAUAAGCAAUAAGGUCAUCAAAUUCACUGAAUAUAUUGUAAAUUUCAGUCUUGUGUAAUAUUCA